AUGUCUACCAUUACGAGAACGCUGCGCAAUCUUCGCCGAGUCGGCCUGAAGGCAAGAAUACCAUGCGCCAUUCUGUGCGACUUUGCUAACGGUGAAUGUUUAGGAUGCUCUCCACCAGAUGCAGGUGACACCAAAGCUGGUACCUUGAUCGCCACAGACCGAUACGGGAACAAAUACUACGAGAAUUUGGAGGACGAAUUGCCUUUACGAACAAGAUGGGUGGACUACAAAGACUACAACGAGGACGCAUCACAAAUCGAGCCCGGAUGGCACGCCUGGAUAUCCUACAUGGUCGAUAAACCACCAACCCAAGAUCCCAUUCUUCAAACUCGAGUCCGGCCUUGGGAGUUGCCAGAGCACAGGCCAAACUUGACGUUCAGUCGGGCUGCUUUCAAGACAUAUUCUACAGUUAAGCCUAAGAUCACAGCAUGGACACCACAGGCUGCAUCGAGGCAGUAA